GCCCUGAGGGGGGCGGGCGCGCCGCUCAGUUAGUCAGUCAGUCGCCUCAAGUUGCUCGGGCAGGAGGAGGAGGAGGAAGGCGAGGCAGGGAAGGGCGGCCAUGGACAAGCCCCGGCGGGCCGUGGUGGUGACGGGAUUCGGCCCAUUCGGAGAGCAUUCUGUCAACGCCAGCUGGAUAGCAGUUCAGGAGCUGGAGAAGCUGGGCCUGGGGGACGACGUGGACCUCUACGUCUAUGAAAUCCCCGUCGAGUACCAAGCGGUGCAGAGACUGAUCCCCGCCCUGUGGAAGAAACACAGUCCUCAACUGGUGGUUCAUGUUGGGUUGUCCGGCAUGGCCACCACAGUGACACUGGAGAAAUGCGGCCACAACGUAGGCUACCGGGGCUUGGACAACUGCCGCUUCUGCCCGGGCUCACACUGCUGCGUGGAAGGAGGCCCGGAAUGCAUCGACUCGGUGAUCGACAUGGACCAGGUGUGCAAGAGGGUCUCCGAUCUGGACUUGGACGUUCUCGUGACGAUAUCCAAGGACGCCGGCAGGUACCUCUGUGACUUCACGUACUACACUUCCUUGUACCAGAGCCACGGCCGGUCGGCUUUUGUGCACGUACCUCCGCUGGGGAAGCCGUACACCGCCGAGCAGCUGGGCCGGGCACUGCAGGCUAUCAUAGAGGAGAUGCUCCAUGUCUUGGAACACUCGGAGAGCGACAUAAACUGCCACAAUGAGCACUGAGCCCGAGCCAGAGACCCCCCCCUUUUCUUCCUCACUGUUGCACUUCCAAAGCGUCCCGCUGUCUUUACAGAAUCCUGGGGAGGGGAGGAGAGAGCAACACACCCGGAAACGCCCGCAGGGAGAACGGGGAACUUGACCCGCUGCCCGCCCCGGCCUGCGUCUUCCUUUCGGAGACCGCUGAGCUUUGACGGCCUCUGGACAUCGCUGGGCAAACCAGCCCGACCGACUUGGCUUCCCGCGGAGGACCCCUGGUGGAUCGCGAGAACGGGCGUGUCCGGAAUGGAGGAUCUCCCGGAAGAAUCCAAGGCGGGAGCCGGCAGGCCCGGCCCCAGCAGCUGCGCGCUCGGAACGGCUCCCGUUCGUUUCGCACGCGCCGGUUCCACACGGCUGCGUUGCUCAAAGCGGGAAGAGCCGAUGGCCGCCGAUUGAAACCCGGGGGAGGGUUACUCAGCCGACCUGCUGGAAAUUCAUCACGGGGCUCUCAUCUUCUCGGCGAACAUCUGGCGGUGGAAGACAUGCAGAGAGGGGAGCCUCCGCCUUCCCUCGGUCUGCUUCACGUCACGCCGAGCAUCAGAAUCGGGGUGGGGGGGGAGAGGUUUGGUUUUUAAAGAAACCUCUUUUGAACACUG